AUGUCUAGCAAUAAGCGGUUGUCCGGUCCGCCCGAUUCGGGUCAGCCGGACCGCGACCGUGGAGACAGAGGUAGAGGCUUUGGUACACAGGUUUUUGACUCCAAGUCUAUGAAAUAUGGCUCAGCGGUGAGCCGCUCAGGUGAAGGCCCGCCUGGUGCCCCGGGGACGACGGGUCGGGAUGACGGCCGGAGAGGACUAUCUGGCGCCUCCGGCCGCCAAGCCGCUGGCGACGCAGCCGACGGAGCCACGAUAGGCGGGCUGCCCGUGACUCAGACCACGGGAGGAAGGAGGCGUCAGGGAGGCCGACGUAACAGCCUCGACAACGGACGCAGUGUUGACGCUGGACGAGGAUCUCAAGGCGGAGGUCGGCGAGGCAGUAUCGACAGCGAGCAGGGGAAACCCAAGCAGGAAGAUGGCCAGGGGAGCGCCGUGGUCGAGAUGCCUGAAGGGAAGGAGAGAGAUCAAGCGAUCCAAAAGCAGCGAGGGAGGGUGAUGCUGCUGAGUUCUAAGGGCGACUGGCCAGCCCUGGAUCACGCCCUCAAGAUGCUAGAGAAACUCGCCCCUGAACCUGUUAUAGGGGAGCCAAAAGUCCCUUACUUACCACUCAAGGAUCUGGCAGAGGAGGUGAGUAGCACUGCUGAGUCACACUUUAUGUACCACAGGUAG